CCAGACUCCACAAAAACCAAGAAUCAGGACGUUAACUGUGUAAUUGAUUUCAGAAAACUUGGUGAAUUACAGAGAGCAAAUAUGUUUAGAUCACAAGUAGCAGUUGUUUGGUUUCUCUUCUUUUUCCUGGUCUGCAAUGCGGAUAUCGCUGUAAAUAUACUAUCUGUCCGUGUUAAGGAGUGGGAUGAAAUAAUUGAAAAGGGUCCAGCAGGAGUAUCUCUAAAUUUUUUGGAUAAAUAUUGUGCAAAUGUUGUGGAUGUGGUGAAGGAAUUGGAACCAAAAUUGAGUUCUGCUACUCUGUCAUGUGAUAUCGAUCACACACAAAGGCCAAACGAUAUCCGUGUAGACAAUAUUAAGGUUGAACUGGCAGUGUUAUCGAGUGAAAUGGAAAAAGUAUUUUCGUCGAAAACCUGGUUCCCAUCGUUGAAGAAUACACUUGAAUCGGGUAAUGUGAAUGUGAAUAGCGCGUGGAUAAUUGAUUCCCAUCUGUUCAACCAAACUUAUCCUAAAAGUGUACUGGCUAUUGAUAGGUGCCCUGAGGUGAGUUUCUAUCUGGUCAUGCAUUAUAAAGUUUUCUUGAAUCCAUUGCGUUUCGUGUCGAUCGAUCAAGUAGCAGUCGUGUGUUGAUUUGAAGAGUUUACAGAUUUACGUUGAUUGCGUUAGUUUUGAUAUCUUCGUACCGUUAAUCCCACAAUUUCAACGAGAAGUCCGUCGAUAUUCGUUUUGAUGACAUUUGUUGAUGAAUAUAUUAAUUUCUUGAUAUUCUGUAGACCUGAAUGUCAACCAUCAAUGUUAUGUGGCUUUCGUAUCAUUUGUUAUCUGCUUUCAUCAGAAUUUAAAUAAAAACAAUUUCAUAGAAUAAUGAGAUCAAGUUCCCACAGGGUUCUUAUGUGACACAUACCGAUGAGUACACAAUACCUAAUUGUUUAAAACAGACAUUGUUUCAGUAGAUUACAGAAUAAAUAUUAAUGCCAUAAAACACUGUCUCAAUAUUUUGAUUUCAGUUGAAGAUCAUUAUGUCGAAUAUAUAUCCUGGAUUCGGUGAAACAAUGACGAAGUGCUCCUUCGAUGUGUUGAGAGAAGUUAUAAGCACGACGAUGGACUACCGAGAACUUAUGAGGAAAGGGUAUUGCUGUUCAGAGUAUAAUAUAUAUAGAAGAAUUUACUGGUCUAUUUAUGAAUUACUAUUUAAAGGAGAAAGCGGUGAGUAAUUCUGCAAAGCAGGUAAAGAAUACAAAAUUAUUAUCGAAAAAUGUUUAGGGCAAGUGUACGCAAGUGUCGCUGAAAAAUGUCGCGACAGAUGGAAAUAAUGCAGACGAGAGCAAACACACAAGCACACACGCACACAAAUGCACUCAGGCAUUAGUACACAAGAACAUAAGGCGAUCAGUGAAUGAAAUUUCAGACAUCAGUUCUAGACUAUUUCAUUAUCUCAUUGAACUUACUAUGUCGGUUUAUUUUUCGAUGCCUUCCUGUUAUUUAGGUGGGAAUACGAUCGAACCGCGCAAAAUAACUCAACCCGAAAUAACGAUUGACGAGAAAAAUACUACUCUCGAUGGAAAAACGACCAUACAGAAAGAAAUAUCUCAACCUGGAACAACAACUGAUAAAGAGGAAACGUCUCUCGGUAUGUUUGCACAAUUGAUGAUUUCUAUCUCUCCCUGAUUAGUAAAUCAACGGUCUUGAGACGUGUCACUUUUGAUCUUCAUAUGCUGGUGAUCAUUGUCUCCAGCAACGUUUUUCCGCAGCUUUGUUUCACUUUUCUGAUUCAUUGGCAUAUGUUUUGUGCUUGUUCGUAAAACCUGUUUCUUUAUGCUCGAUAUCACAAAGUCGGUUUACAUCAUGGUGUAAAUUACGUCUUGUUGAACUUUUUCAUCAAAAUUAUUUUCAAGGUUUGCCGUCAAUUAUACGAAUCUCUGAAUUAGAAAACUUGGAAGCGAACUAUACAGGUAACAUUAAAAAUUGAUCAUACUGGAACAACGUCUUUGCAUUUUAUCACGAAUAUAUUCGAACACAUUUUUCUACUUGCGAUUUGUCAGUUGUCUGUAUCAUGAUUAAGAUUAUGUGGAUGUAGUGCACACAUAUUGCACAUAUGCAACAACACUAAUGUGAUCUCAGCGAAACUAUCAACAACGGGAUUAUUCUUCUGAAUGAUCUCAUUUGCACAAAUCCGAGGUAUUAGCGAACCUGACAUUAUCUGUCUCCUUAUUUCGAUUGUAUCUCGCUUCGACCUAACUCUUGGUUGUAUUUUCGCAGAUGAAUAUUUCGAUUGAUUGAAAGUCUGUAAUGAUUUCGAUGUGUUUGUUAAUUGCUGAUUUAGUUAGGUGUCAAGUUACGGAGAGAUCCUAUGGUGUACGUAGUAUCCUUUCUAUCAAGGAUUUCAAUAUCUUUCCAGUCAAACGAGUAUUCACAAAUGUUCUUAUGCAAUGAUCCAAACGAAGAUUUAUCAUAACGUUUUACUGUUAAUUGAUGUUCAUGAGGACAAACAUCAAGGAGGCAUCAACGUUGUUCUAUAUUGAGAUUUUCGUCAUUAGAACGGUCUAUUUAGUAAAUGACUUUUGGUUGUUUGCUACAGUCGUUUCGUACUGUGGUUUGCCAACGAUUGUUAAUAGUGUAAUUGCUGGCACUUCAACUACAUCUGUCAGCUGUCAUACGACGCAGUCGUUAAUCCUUAUUUCUACCGACCUGUUUGCCAUGUUAUUUGAGUAUGCUUACAUAAAUGCUGAAGUAUGUGAUGAUAAUGUUGCUUGUGGAAACAAUGGGAAAAGGGUGAUCGAUCAAAUCGACCAGUCAAAUCAACUCCUGUAAGCCCCUUCAACGAGAUGCAAACCACCUACUCCACCUCCAACUUUCUUUUUCCUAAAGUGAUAAUUUAAUUGUACUGCGUAUUUGUUUCAGUAGGAACAGGCAAACAUAAUGAUAGCCGUCUAUUUUAACUUUGUUUGAAGUUUAUUUAUAUCAAUUUAUCACUUCAAUUUUUCUAACCACAAUUCAUUUGCAGUUCUCACUGAUGAAUAUUACUUAAUUGUCUUUCAAAAUAUAGGUCACUGUAUCUAUGCUUCGUUUCCAUCUGGUAAGUUGUGAAAUAUGUCGCUCAAUGCAUAAACCUUACUAUGGAAUUCACAUGUUGUACAAUGAUCACAUGGGACUGAUGACGUUGCCCGUAAUCAUUUACCGUCAUGUAACAUUACUCACCAUUACUCCUGAUUAUUCUUGACUUUCAUUUUGUUAUGGCAAAUUAUUGUGGUGCCCUAUUGCACCGAAAUUGUCUACCUUAUAAGUAGAUCAUUCAUUACAACUUAUAUUACUGUGGAUUCCACAAAUAUGAUUCUCGGUGAUUGUUUAUCUAGAUUGCGUAAAUGUUAAGGAUACCUGUCAGUAUCUGUUGAAAAUCGCUUUUCAAUUUCAAAGUGGAUGCAAGUGAAUACGUAAUGGAUAUCGUAUUCUUCCUUUCCUCCCUUGAUACUAGUAGCCUGACUAAACCGUGAGUCUCUGUGAAAGUAUUGUGAGUGAGAAAAACAAUCGGAACACAGAACACGACCUAUUAGAUUUGUAUGAAACCGGAACGGCAUAAACAUAGCAAGCAGUAGAAAUACCUUAUCCAUGUGAUAAUGUCUACAUCGUGGAACUAGACCACCAACCACAAAUACUUCAGCAUAACUUGUAGAAAUACAAGAAACCUUCGAAUCGGAGUCAGGUUCACUCUCAAGUCGAGGUAUACAGACUCUCUUAAUUCACAACGAUAAGACCAUGUGGCGUCGGUUUUCAAUAUACAGAUGGGAUAACCUGUUUAGGACGUCAAUGAAAUAACUUUUCAAACAAAAUCUGUUAACAAUUUGCAAUAUUGGUGAUUUGCUCUCAAUAAACCAUCCACUUACUGUUGAUAUUCUCUGAAUCACCAAAAACAGACUGACAGUUUGUUAUGCCCUUUUCAAGCUGGUCUCACCAACUCACUUUCACAUCUAGUGCUGUCAAAUCAAGUCGACAAUAUUGAGACUGUAGACAAAAGUGCUGUAUACAGACGUCUGUUAUCAAUGUAAUUCGAAUAUGUGACGACCGUUACAGGGUCUAACGCAUUUCCAUUCCUUAAGGUCACGACUUAUAUUCAUGAAACGCGAAUCAAUUUGUUGGCUAACGAAAUCACGAUUUCAACAGCCGAUAGACUCAUGCAAAUAUUUAUCGGUUGAGGUGGCCUCAUCAAACAACAAUACGGCAAUAGGGAGUAUGCAUGUCAACAAAAUUGUUACGGUUGUAGUUUCAUUUCAUGAUUUUCACUGUUCACUUGAUUUACAAAUUAACAGAUCAGUCAAAUGAAGAGUGACAAGUGAGUAGUGAAUCGUUGUGUUAUAGUUGGAUUUUAACAAAUAUCUGUGUUUGUAAAUCUAUCAAGUUUCGUUGAAAAGUGAUAGUAGAUAGACAGUUCAUUUAAACAUGACCAUGUAGCAUGGUAGUUACUGUUCAUAAAAUGCUUUCAAUUUCGAGUCACAGACUGUGGUUGUUGGAUGAAUAUGGUUCGAUCAAAAUGUUUUGUAACCAUUUGUGAAAAUGUGUUCAAUUUGGAUGUGAUCAACAUUCAGUUGUCAACAUCAAUGUUACCCGUGCAAAUCGGUAAUUGUUCCAGAAUCGCUGUAUACAUGUGCUCUCAAUAUGUGCAUAUUCAUUCAGACGAUUAUAGUGAAGCAGAAUAUUUGUUUUAGUGUUGCACAAAUUGUGAUAGGACACAAUUGUUGUCCACCGAUCAAACACAAUUGACAAAUUAACGUUGAACUAACCGUCAUCUAAUCCCUCGACUACAAUACUCAUUACCAUUGAUUAAAUUUACACCCUCCUUUUUGUUAUAUCAUUACACAUUGCAGGCUCGGUUAUCAGUCUCAUUCAAAAGCAUAUUACUACCAAGAAUCAUCAAAGCUUUCAUACACUUUUCUUUCAGAUGACCCAAUCAAAUCAAAUUAAAUAAACACUGUUUUAGUCUGUAGUAAACUUAACAAUAUUCUUGAAUCACAUUCUGUAAUUUUAACACACAAUACAUGGAAUAUGGUAAUUAAA